AUGGCAAAUACACAGUCUAAAAUCGAUUCAUUAGAAGAACAGAUUUCCAAGCUUAUAGCUGAGAAUACUGAACUUAAAAGGGAGAAUGCUGAAUUCUCAGCUAAGGAAGAAGGGUUUAGAGCUAGAAUUGUAGAAUUAGAACGGAACGCAAAAGAAAGUGCUGAGAAUGAGGAGCGAAGUCAGAUAGAAAAUUCUAAACUUAAGGGUAGAGUAACGAAACUAGAACGUGAUAUCAAGGAGAUUAAACAGAAACAAAUUACACCUAAUAUUUCAGAACUUCAUACUGAUAUAUCCAUCUCUAGCCAUUCUGUGACUUUCUCCGGCAAUUUAGAAGAUAAAAUGGUUGAGAAAGUUAAAUCUUUACCAGAUACCAAGACCAAGUUAAGUAUAUCUACUGAAUCUCACGUUUCCGAUUCAUCUG